CCUUUUCAUUCCCUGGUUGUUCCGCUAGUUGUUACACAACACGUCAUUCGCUGCUUUUCACUGUGGAGCAGGAAGAAACCACCGGACCAGGAACCAUGUCUGCGCUCGUUAGAAAGCUAAUAAACACCGCAUCGGCUCCGGCAGCCAUCGGCCCCUACAGUCAGGCGGUGGUUGCGGACAGAACCGUGUACAUCUCCGGUCAGCUGGGGAUGGACGUGGCCUCAGGUCAGCUGGUGGAUGGAGGAGUCCAGGCUCAGGCCAAGCAGGCUCUUAUCAAUAUGGGGGAGAUCCUUAAAGCUGCUGGUUGUGGCUACACCAACGUUGUGAAGACGACUGUGCUUCUCGCUGACAUUAAUGACUUCAACAGCGUCAAUGAGGUCUACAAGACAUUUUUCAGCAGUAACUUUCCAGCCAGAGCUGCUUACCAAGUCGCUGCUCUCCCCAGAGGUGGACUGGUGGAAAUCGAGGCGGUGGCUGUGGUCGGUCCUCUCUUAGACUCCUGACUAACCGGCCCCAUCACAAACAAGCUCUAGUCCAACCGCCAAGCGGCCUCAGAGUUGUGCUGCAGAGGCCUUGUUGUAUUUCCACACGACGCAUUGAAGUUGAAGUUCUUUUCUGUUGUUGCCUCUGUGGCUGGUUUUCUGCAGCGAUUUAGUCUUUUGAAUAUCAUAUCAAUGGAAAACUUUUGAUCUUCACAUUCAAAUUCUUACAGUAACAGAGAACUUAACAUCUUACCAGACUUUAGAUUGGUGUUUAAGGUAAUUUCAAACUGUGCCUGAAACCAAAAUAAUCAUUAACAUUCCCCCGGCCUCAGUGGACAGACUAGAUGUCAAAUAAACCUGUGAUGCUGUUUUUGGUUUAAUAAACUCACUUUCUCCUGG